UUAAAAGAUGUUACUGGUAUUUGAUUUAAGAAGAAAAAAGAAACAAUUAUUUCCUAAAAUAAAAAUAAAAACAAGGGGUGUUGUCUUAGAACAUGGCAGCGACAACGGCAACGGCAGCGACCAGAGAGCCGGCAGCAACCUUGGCGGCACCGCUGGAUGAGGAGCCAGACUUGCUCCUGGAAGCGCUAGUGCUGGAACCCUUGCUGGACUCCUCGCUGGACUCAUCCUCAGUCAGCUAUCCUCCUCAAUAUCGCUGGACUCCUCCUCCUCCUCAGAGCCUUGACAGUGGUGGAAUCCUGCUGCUCCUCCUCAGAGCCAUCAGCAGUGGUGGAAUCCUGCUCCUCCUCCUCCGAGGAAGCGUGUCAACAAUAUCACUGGUGGACUCCUCCACAGAAGUGGUAUCAACAGUGAUGCUGGGGCUUUCCGUCAAGAGUAACCCCGUGACGCCGGCGCGGGAAAGAACCGGCUGCUCGUCGAAGGCGGCGGUCAGCUGGGUUCCGCCAAUAACUGCGGUGGCCUGGGCGAAAAUAGCCGGCUGGGCAGCCUGCAGAACGGGGAGGUCCUCGUUGAUGACGCUGACAAUAUCAUCCCAGUGGGCGGAGAUCUGGCUCAGAGCAUCGGCGUUAUCGGCGGUCACGCAGAUGGCGGUGGUGGCAAGGACAGCGGCGGCAAAAGCAAACUUCAUUUGGAAUUCGUAGUCGAAGACAAAUCUAUUCUUGGACAGCAUCUUUUUCCUUGUCCAAUGGAACAUACUAGCAGCACCCUGUCUGCACAAGAAAUAAGUGGACAGAUAGACAAGCGCAGUCAAGACUUUAAAAAAACUUAUUUUGGGAAUGGCGGCAUUUUUUUUCCUGUCCACUGGAAGAAAGAAAAAUUGUGGAGCGAAGAAUAUUAUACCAUUCCGCCAGUGUAAUUUACGUAUUGGUUUUUCAUUGUCUACCUUGUAUCACGAGACUAUAUAAAAAUAGGUAUUUUGGUUUUCCUGAGAGUCCAUUAGAGAGAAGGGGGGUGUAAAAAACUAGGGUAUGCAACCUAUAUACCACACUCACCACUGUAAAAAAGAAUACAUUUCUUAAUGUGCCAAGAAAUACACAAUGAGUGGGAAAAAUAAAAUAGAAAAAUUACAGCUCGGCAUUAGCAAACAGCCGAACAGACUGAUUAUCCACUUUG